AUGGCAGGAUUCCAUAUGCUCGGAGACCCUUAUUUCCCUAACCAGUGGAGUAGCGGAUGGAUCGAAGAGGAUCCUGAGGAGCUAACGGAGGAAGAGCCCGCAGAGGAUCCCAAGGAGGAUUCGAAGGAGGAGGAAGAAGAAGAUGAAGAAGAGGAAGAGGAGGACUCAGACGCAAAGACUGAAGUCAUUAAUCCACCUUAUGUCGCCCGAGUUCCUGCACAUCGGCUCAAGAACAACACACCAACAGCCCCACCACCACCACCACCACCACCACCUCCACAGAUGGACUAUGACGUGUUCCCAGCUGCUGUAACAGUCGCUGUAGUUGCCACCGUGGCCCAAGUCUACAGUAACAGCAACGGAGGUGGAAACGGAACUAACAAUUUCAAUCAAGGUGAAAACCAAGGGCACCAGUGA